AUGUGCACUGCUCUGAGCCCGAAGGCACGUGGGCCUGGCCUCUCUGAUAUGCAUCAAUACAGUCAGUGGCUUGCAAGCAGACAUGAGGCCAACCUGUUGCCAAUGAAAGAGGAUUUGGCCCUGUGGCUCACAAACCUACUGGGUAGAGAAAUAACAGCAGAAACCUUUAUGGAGAAAUUGGAUAAUGGUGCCUUGCUUUGUCGGUUAGCUGAAACCCUGCAGGAGAAAUUUAAAGAAAACAGCUUUGAUGCAAACAAGCCUGGCAAAACCUUACCAGUACGGAAGAUUCCAUGCAAAGCCAAUGCUCCUUCAGGGUCUUUUUUUGCACGGGACAACACAGCAAACUUCUUAUCAUGGUGCAGAGAUGUAGGGGUGGAUGACACCUGCCUGUUUGAGUCAGAAGGUUUGGUUCUCCACAAGCAGCCAAGAGAAGUGUGUCUUUGUUUGCUGGAACUUGGAAGGAUUGCAGCAAGGUUUGGGGUGGAGCCUCCAGGAUUAAUAAAGUUGGAAAAAGAGAUUGAACAAGAGGAAACACUUUCGGCCCCACUUCCAUCUCCUUCACCAUCACCAACAAAGUCUCCUGGGAAAAAGAGCACAGGAAAACUGUUGGAUGAUGCUGUUAAACACAUUUCUGAAGAUCCACCUUGUAAAUGCCCUAAUAAGUUCUGUGUGGAGCGUCUUUCACAAGGAAGGUACAGAGUUGGAGAGAAGAUCCUCUUUAUUAGGAUGCUGCACAACAAACACGUGAUGGUUCGUGUUGGAGGAGGAUGGGAGACUUUUGCAGGUUACUUACUGAAGCACGACCCCUGCCGAAUGUUGCAGAUCUCCCGAGUGGAUGGGAAAACUUCUCCAAUCCAGAGCAAGUCUCCAACCCUCAGGGACAUGAAUCCAGACAAUUAUCUGGUUGUUUCUGCCCAUUACAAAACCAAGAAGGAGAUUAAGUGA